AUGGAUGAAGGAGAACAAACCUCGAUAAAUAAACUUUACAACGAAGAGGGUAAUAAUGAAUCUUAUCGCAACCAAAUUCACAAAAAUGACUCCGGAGGAACAAAGAAAUGCUCAAAAUCCUCUAGCUUCCUCUUCGGAGAACAGUUCUGCGGUUAUGGGCUACCUACUCAUACGAAUCGAAAACGCCACUCUGUGGAAUCUUUUGAUGAACACAAGAACACGAGUAACCACUGCAAAAAAUCAAAAUCGUCGGCUUCCCCACAGUCUCUCGAUGAAGGAAGUACUUCAACGUGCUCUGAUGAGGACAAAGAUCUCUCUUAUCAAACAACGCCCGGCUACAAGCCGUUUUCAUCGCAAAUUCCUCCAACCACAUGUUUAAACAGGGACUUUUCCUCCGCUUCCCAUUACCCACACUACCCCAACUCCCCAUUUUUGAAGUCAGUUGACUCCAAACGAAGACCAGAUUUCAAUCACUAUCCUUCACAAAACCAUCGCAUAAGUGGAGAAUCAUUAAAAAAAGAUUUUUUUAGUAGCAUCAAACCAUCUGGAAUAUUCCCCUACAUCCUGGAAGACGGAGAAGAUCGUAACGAUGGCUUAGGAUCUGAGCUCCUUAUUGGCGCAUAUAAUAAUUUCGUCAGAAAGGUAGUAGACGAAACACUUGAUCGAACGAUUACAUUCUGCGAGCAACCUAGAAAUGCGAUCAGUGCAUUGGAAAGAAUCUGCUCCAAAGCCUGGCCUCAACUAGAAGCCAAACGUCAUCGAAACCGAAUUCGUGCUUACCUCAAAGCUUGUCGACGCAAUUCCAAGAAAAACCGAGGUCAAAUCAACAUGAAGGAACCGCCCAUGAAUGCACUUUCUGCAGAAGCUAGACAAAUGGUCGCAACUGCUAUGAAUUUAGUCAGAAAAGAUAUCGAGCAACUGAGAGAGGAUCUGAAACGGGAUAGAAGUCCGUCCGUUUUUACUGCUAAAAAUGGAACACUACCACCUAACCUACGUCUACCAGAAACUGCUAGUAGUUAUGCCACUUACCAAACUAAACUCUAUACCAAUCCAUCGAAUUCAUCCAUUCACCCCCCUACAAGACCUUCGAAGUUAUUAGAUGACCACUGCAAUCUAUCAAAAUCAAGCUCUUUCCAGAGUUUAUUCCCAACACUUCACCCUCUAUCGAAAUCCUCAGCAGGGAUUAACUUCCAAAAUACUCAUGCUUGGUUAGAUCCGCAGUACUUAUCCACUCUGAUGCGUUUUCUUCCCUCAUCGGCGCAAUUCAAAACCGAUUUGGAGACUUCAUUUCGUGCUGUAGCUGCAAGCGGAGCUUUGGGUGCAAAAUUGAUGGAUUCAAACGAAAAUCUACAUAAUAGGUUGGACAGAAAAUCUUCGGAGCAAUUCGGUUCAACUUUGCAAAGUCAGCCACCGCCUGCAGCUCAUUUUGCUGUAGCCAAAUACUCGCCUACGUUAAAUCAAGCUACCUCCAUGCUUCUUGAAGUAAGACCACUUUCACAG